AUAUUUUAAUUUAACGAAAGGAACCUACUCGUUUCAAAUUGUCUCGAGAAGCUGGGUGAAAAAACUUUUUACACAUGUAAUUAUUAAAUCCUUUCCCCAUAUUGUAGUUACAGAUCGGUUCGUUUUGUCACUUAAUUAAGGUUUCCGUACGUAAUAACUGACACAAUACAUGUAGGUACUCUACAAACGAGUGACGUUUAUCUCUCCAUUGUAACGUAACGCUCUUGUCUAGCAAGAAAGGUUAGAUGCAAGAAUAUAACAUCCGUGACAAGUUCACAUCGAUGUUGUGUAAGCGUGUAAACAGAGUUGCGUAAAUAUUAAAUAUUGAAAAAGUGAAAGGGAAGAAAAAGAAAGAUAUUACUAAAAACGUGUGAAUCAUAAGCAUGCAAAGUUUGACGUGUAAGAUUACAUUCGUUUGAAUCACGAAGAUUUAGAUAGCACUAUUAAAAAGGAGGAGCUUCUUACUAACAAGAGGUAUCGAAAUAACAAGGAGAGGUGGAAGGAAAGGAAACACUUUCAAAAUACAAUUUCAAAUGCAAUGAAAAUAAACGAGAAAAAUAUGGUAGCAUUCGCGACAUCGGCUACGCCGGUGGAUCGCGAAGGUUGGUUGAACAAACGCGGUGAAUUAAAUCGCGGCUACCAAAGGCGAUGGUUUGUUCUCAAAGGAAAUAUAUUAUUUUACUUUGAUCGACGUGGCGACAAAGAGCCAAUAGGUAUGAUAGUUUUGGAAGGUUGUACCAUUGAAUUAGCAGAAGAUGAAGAACAAUUUGGAUUUCAAAUUGUAUUUCAUGGACCGAAUAAUAGAAACUAUGCUCUUGCUGCUGAAUCCCAGGAAUCUAUGGAACAAUGGAUGAAGGCUUUGGCUUGCGCGAGUUAUGAUUACAUGAAAUUAAUGGUGGCUGAAUUACAAAGGCAACUAGAUGCUGCAGAAGAAGAAACUACUAUGGUAGUAGCCCCCUCUCCAUCUCCUAAAGCCCCACCAAGGCAACGACACAACCCAUUUAACAGACCUGAAUCUCAUCAUCGUUCGCAAAGCGUGAGAUCUGCUCCUGGUAGAACAGAAAAUGUCCCAAGAACUAGGAUAACGUUUCGUGAACUGCACACUACGUAUGGUAGAAGAAUUUUAGCAGAUUUAAAUGAAUGGAGGCAUGCAAGUAAAAAUGCAGAAGCCCCCUUGAUCACUCUCUAAUAGUGUUAAAAGGGAUGUAAAUUGUAAAUAUUUUAGCGGGAAACACAAUAAUUGUACUUACGAAACAUUAUUAGAAUUUCUCAUUUAUUUUUUAUAAUAUGAAAAUGUUUAAUAGAAAUAUAAUAAUAGUAUAGCUUGAUGAAUUGCGAUUCUAAUUAGAAAAUCAGAAAUACAAUCCCUUUUCUUAUAAUUUAGUGUAUGUACUCAAUUCAUUAAAUUAAAUCCAAUGUAUUAGCUUUGCUUUUGCAUGUAAAUACAUCUAACAAAGAUAUAGAGCCAUACAAAAAUUAAGUAAGAAUGUAUAAUAAGAAACAUUUUCAAGCAGCCUAUUUAUAAUUAAUUUGACAAAGCAAACUUUGUUAGAACGUAAAACCGACCGAUGGAGUUCUCUAUUGGUCAAGGUUGAAUUUUAUUAUUUUAUCACUGUACAGAGUAAAUAGAAAUAAAUAGAAAAGUAUUUGAGCAUCAUUCUUUUUGUCU